AUGAAAAGAAUUUCCGACUUCUUUUUACCGAAUUCAAAUGCAAAAAAAUCGAAGUCGCCCGAUAAAGAGCCGACGAAAAAUGUUGAUAGUGUUCCAUGUACAUCCCAGUCCGACCCCGGCCCUUCUGAAUCGUCUCAAAGGCGUGAAUUUCAAGGAAAAUGGCUCAAAGAUGACCGAUUUAAAAAUUGGCUUAUUUUUGAUGACGAUAAAAAAUGUUGCCCAGAUAUUUUGACUUUGCAUUCUGGAGAUAAUGCCACCUAUGUGUCCGAGAGGGCUGCUGAAGAAUUUCAAGAUGCUUUAAAUCAUGUUAUAGAAAAUGGUAUGAAACAGAAACUAGCUUCAGCCCGCGCCAUUUCUCUAAUGUGUGAUGAGAGUGAUGAUGUUUCAGUUCAGAAAAAGUUGGUCAUAUUUGCUAGGUUUAUUCCUGAAUGCACUGACUUUCAGCCUGAAACUCAUUUUAUUGAGAAUGAUACUAUUGAUAAGGGUGAUGCUGAAACUGUGUACCAAUCAUUGAAAUCUGUGGUAAGUGCAAAGGGUAUGGAUGUCAGUAAUGUAAUGUUUUUUGGCUCAGAUGGAGCGGCAGUUAUGACUGGUAAAAAGUCUGGUGUUAGUGCUAGGCUUUCAAGUGAUCAGCCACUUAUUGUUAACAUUCACUGUGUGGCACACAAGCUAGCUUUAUGCACAAGUCAAGCAGCUGAGAGUAUUCCAUAUCUAAAAAAGUACAAGGAAAUUUUGACAAAUAUUUUCUACCAUUUUAAACAUUCCUCACUGAGAACUGCAAAUCUGUCUAAAAUUGAAAGUGUUUUGAAUGACAAACAGCUAAAAAUCAAGGAAAUUCACAGUGUACGCUGGUUUGCAUUUUAUUCAGCCCUUGAGGCAAUAUUUCACACAUGGGGUUCCUUAGUUACUUAUUUUGAGCAAGAAAAGCAAGCUGAGAAAGGUGGAACUGCAAAAGGGAUUCAUUCUCAGCUAACCCAGUUUGAAUUUGUGGGUGUAACUUACCUUUUUAUGGACAUAAUGCCAAUACUUACCAAACUGAGUCUCAGCUUUCAGAAACAAGACAUUGAUAUUUCUUUAGUACAACCACUUAUUCAGUCAACAAUCUCACAGCUUGAACACUUAAAGCAGAAUAAUGGUCACUACAUGCAACUGUUUAACACAGCAUUGACUGAGAAUGGACUUGACUUGAGAGAUCAUAGCAUCUCAGCAAGUAAAAACAAGCAAAAACAUUUGAGUAACAUAAGAAGUGACUUUAUUCAAAAAAUAAUUGCUCAACUUAAUGUUAGAUUUCCACAGGAAGAUACAUCAGUUAUAAGUGCUCUGGCAGUCCUUGGUUUGAGAGGUAUAUCCUUUGUGCAGAAUAUUCCUGACCAUGGAAAAAAUGAAAUUAAUAAACUAUGUGAUUUCUAUGGUUCAAGUAAUAAUGACACAGACAGUGAACCUUACAUUGAUAGUAACCAAUUAAGGAUUGAGUGGGAAAUUUUAAAACCUCUUGUAAUUCAACAAAGGUAUCCAACUGACAAUAUAUAUAAUUUGUGGAAAUUGAUUUUUAUGUAUCACAAGGAGAUGUUUCCAAAUCUUUUAAAACUUGCUGAGCUUGCUCUUAUUGCACCCUUACAAACUGCUGACUGUGAAAGGGGGUUUUCUACCCAGAAUGAUAUUAAAUCAUCAGACAGAAAUAGAUUGUCCUCUAACAGACUGAAUAAAUUAAUGAGGAUAUCUCUGCACAAAGUUGACAUAGCUGAUUUUGAUUUUGAUAAAGCUGUAGAUGCAUGGCUAUCAGUGAAAAAUAGGAGAGCUUUCUCCAGUACAAGUACCUAA